GGAACUGCAGGGUUCUAGCGUGCACCGUUAAACUGCGAAAGAAAAACAGAAAGUUCUGCAGUUUAAAUAAAAGGCGUUUUGAAAGUUUGCGAACUGUUUAUUGGACACACGCAGGUUCCAGAACUUGAGAUCAUCCCGGAAACAAGUAUACGCUGAUGAUAUAAGAAGCAAGACUUCUCCAGUAAGUGAAAAAGGAACCAAAUGGGGAAUCUGUUAAAAGUUCUCACUUGCACUGAGCUUGAUCAGGGGCCAAACUUUUUCCUUGACUUUGAAAAUGCACAGCCUACAGAUUGUGAGAGAGAUGUGUGGAACCAGGUCAAUGCAGUGCUGCAGGAUUCGGAAAGCAUUCUUUUAGGUCUUCAGGCUUACAAGGGAGCCGGUCAGGAGAUAAGAGAAGGAAUACAAAACCCAAGUGACUUCCAACUCCAAGAACGAGCAUGGAAUGUUGUCUGUCCAUUAGUCAUCAAACUGAAGAGGUUCUAUGAAUUCUCGUUAAGACUGGAGAAGGCCUUGCAAAGUCUCCUGGAGUCCCUGACAUGUCCAACCUACACUCCAACCCAGCACUUGGAAAGAGAGCAAGCCCUGGCCAAGCAGUUUGCAGAGAUUCUCCACUUUACACUCCGAUUUGAUGAGCUCAAGAUGAGAAAUCCAGCCAUUCAGAAUGACUUCAGUUAUUACAGACGGACAAUAAGUCGCAACAGGAUAAACAACAUGAACAUAGAAAUUGAAAGCGAAGUGAACAAUGAAAUGGCCAACAGAAUGUCCCUGUUCUACGCUGAAGCCACACCAAUGCUAAAGACUCUGAGCAGCGCCACAACUAAUUUUGUCUAUGAGAACAAAACAUUGCCUUUGGAGAACACAACAGAUUGCUUGAGUACUAUGGCCAGUGUCUGUAAAGUUAUGUUGGAAACACCGGAUUACACAAGUAGAUUUAACAGUGAAGACACCCAGCUGUUCUGCAUGAGGGUCAUGGUGGGGGUCAUUAUCCUGUAUGAUCACGUGCAUCCUGCUGGUGCCUUCACAAAAGCAUCGAAAAUUGACAUGAAGGGAUGCAUUAAAGUUCUAAAAGAACAACCUGCAGACAACGUGGAAGGUCUUGUGAAUGCCCUCAAGUUUACCACAAAGCACCUGAAUGAUGAGACCACUCCAAAAGCCGUCCGGGCUAUGCUCCAGUAAAAAUUUCUAUAAUAAGAGGAUCUAUGUUCUGACCUAAGAAGAUGUAUAUGUUUACAUAAUUUAAUAUGACUUGAUGUUCAUACUCGUGUAUUUUCAUGGCCAUUCCCUCCUGGUUAUUGAAACUUAUAUAAAAAAGAACCAAUAUUCUGAAUUAAAUUGCCAAUGCUAUUAUUUCAUAAAGCACAACUUAAUUAUACCUUACCGCCUUAUCAAUUGAGACAUGCAAAACUGCUUGGCAUACAGUAUAUAUUUUUUUGUUUGUUUUAUCGUAACUUGUGUGAUCUAUUUUAUCUUUGUAGUACCUUUUUUAAAAAAAAAUAAACUGCAAUCGAUGAAUUAUAUGUUGUGUUGCUUAAAUAAUAGUUUGGACAGAUGCUAGAACUUCAGCUUGUAAACAGCCCAUAGCACAAUUCAUUGAAGCAGUGCUUUCAGAUCAAGGUAUACACCUUGGAUCGGUUUAAAAAAAAAAAAAAAAAAAAAAAAAAACACACACACACACAAAAAAAAAAAAAUGCACAUUUUCAUAAGUGCAGGCUUAAAAUGCAUUAAUGUGUAGCUGAAAUGCCCUAAGCAGAAUGCCCAGGCUUUUACUCCAGCACAUCAGCACAUUUUCAUUGUAAAACAAAACUUCAAAAAUAAAAUGGACUACACAAUGAACUUAUCUAACUUUGUACAAAGACUUUAAAUAUAUGGCUGCAUAUAACUCGGGAGACGUGACUUGAGAGGAAUGCAUUUCUUGAGGUGGAAAUACUGUAAAAGGUUAAGACCCUCAUUAUUGCCAAGAAAUCCUUCCACAAACAAAUCGCAAAACGCAUUACAUGUCCUUCUUGUUACUGUUUCUGAUUUCAUUAAUCCGUAAAAUAGCAUUCACUUAUACUGUAUUAGUAUAUUUGGUGGUUAGAGCACACAUUUAAGUGGGAGUAAACUAUAUUUAAUUUACUUUCAAACAAGAGUUAUUCUGGUAAUAAUUUGAGCCUGAUUCUGUUCACUUUAUGCAUUAUGUUUUCUUGCAACAUUAUUACUGUUGAAAUCUUUGACCAGAUGGGGCAUUAAAGAUUUGUAUUAUGUGAGCUGAUUUUACUUGUGUAUGGAAGAGUGAAAAACUUGUCACAUGGUACAGUUAGUAACAUCAGUAUUAAACAUUUGCAAAAUUGUGAUGAGUGUUUUCAGCAAAUGCAUCAAGCAUUUUCCUUUUUUAAGCUUCAGGAAUUUACAUGUUUGUUGACGUGUUUAAACUGAACAGUUUUCUUGCAUAUUAUAUAAAGUGAUUGUAAGUGCUAAGGUACAUCCUUAAAGUUGAUUGUUUGCUUCAAAUAUAAAGUUUGGUUAAGAUUACCUAUAUUUAAGAAUUAUCCAGUUUUGAUAAGCAUUACAAGAAAAUACAAUGCAUACUUGAAGCAAAAACUAAUGUUCUUCCAAUGUCAGUAUUCAGUCAGUCUUAGAUAUUUGAGUGAUGCCUUUUAAAAGCUUAGUGGGGGUGGGGGGGUGGGGGGGGAGCUAACUGCUAGCUAUAAUAAACAUGUUUUUAACUGACGGGAUUGUUUUAAAUGUGUCUUCUAGUUUGAAAAAGCUGUUCCUGGCUUCUUUACUGGAUUUGCUUUGUAUUAUACGUGUAAUGUGUGAAGUGAAAAUAAAAACUGGUACAUUU